AUGGGCGCUAAUUUGGUCUCUCGGGUCUACAGCAACUUGCCGGAGAGGGGUGCGUUGAUAGCAAUUGCCCUGGCUUCAGUUCUCAUUUAUUAUGCUGCCAACACUGUCAUCGCCUGGCGUCGCCUCCGCCACUUCCCCGGCCCACCCCUAGCCUCCAUCUCUAAUCUUUGGAGCUUCUUCACAGUUGCAGGCGGACAAUGCCAUACCAAGAUCGCUGAGGCACAAAAGAAAUACGGUAAAGCGAUGCGCAUUGGUCCUGAUGCGAUUAUGGUUUAUGAUCCCGAGACCAUCUGGCACAUGAACUCUGCGCGCAGCUCUUACAGUCGCGGCGGCUGGUACGAUAGCAUGAAGUUUCACCCGGAAGGCGACAGCGUAUUGAGCGAGAUGAGCACGGUGCUGCACGACAGGCGAAAGGCUAACCUGGUCAGUGGGUUCGCUGGCAAGGGCUCGAUCAACCUCGAGAUGAGUGUUGACUCGCAGAUUGCGGCUUUGGUGAAGUACAUCCGGACCAAGGCUGUAGAUGGGCAGGGCAACAGGCUAGGCUUCAGCAAGAUCAUCAGGUGGUUCCAACUGGAUCUGAUCUCUCUCAUUAGGUUAGGUAAGGCAUGGGGAGACCUAGCUGAUGAGACUGAUCACUUCGACUUUCUGGGAAGCAUGGAUCGGGCCAUUCCUCUGAUCCAUUCAAUAUCUCUCGUGCCGUUCAUGCGCAACAUCAUCUUCUCGAAGCUCUUCUUGUACCUGGCUGCGCCGAGAGUCACUGACAAGGAAGGAAUGGGGAGGUCUAUAAGGGAGAUGAGAUCAACAGUCAGGUCUCACUUCGAGAGUAUCACCGACAUCAAAUCAGGACGCCAACACGGUAACAUGUUGAGUGAAUGGAUCAGGCACGGGCAUAGUCCAGAGCAAUGCGAGUGGGACCUUGCUAUUCUUAUGCCCGCCGGCACCGAAACCAGCGUCACGGCUAUGCGCGGCACAUUAUUGCAUAUUCUGUCAUCGCCAGCCGUGUACCACAAGCUGAAACAAGAAAUUUCAGACGGCAUCAAGGCAGGCCGAAUCUCGCAGCCUAUCACACAUGACCAGGCUAAGGAGAUGCCGUAUCUGCAAGCUGUUAUCAGUGAAGGCAUGCGGGUGGUCCCACCUGUAAUCAACGGAUUCUCAAAGAAAGUCCCGCCGGGUGGCGAUACGAUCUGCGGCAAGUUCGUACCCGAAGGUACCGAAAUCCACACGAACUACGUCGCAAUGUUGAUGAAUACGGAGGUUUUUGGCGCAGAUGCCGAAACGUUCCGGCCAGAGCGCUUUUUGGAGUGCGACGACAAGCAAAGAACUUAUAUGUUGAAGACAAUUGACUUGUCUUUUGGGCAUGGUCGUUGGCUAUGUCUGGGCAAGUCCCUUGCUAUAAUGGAGCUGAACAAGAUCUUCGUUGAGCUGUUGCGAGUUUUCGACUUCCAGAUCACUCAUCCGGAACAACCCUGGAAACGCAAAGUGUACUCGACUUCCGUUAUUGAGGAUUUCGAACUUCAAGUCUGGGAGAACCCAUUGGAUUAG